GUAUAAAGGGCUUAAAAGGAGAUAAUGGAAUCAGUCGAGUAGCAGGCCCGAAUGGAACCACGGGGCUCAAAGGCGCUGUAGGACCGAAAGGAUCGAAGGGUAAUACAGGAGCCACAGGUCCCUCGGGCCCACCUGGUGCGCCAGGACCCAAGGGACCUAAGGGUGUCGAAGGACCCAAGGGUAAUCCUGGGAAUGCCGGAGAUACAGGCGAUGCUAAUGCAGUGAAGGGACAAAAGGGUGAUCCAGGCCCCACUGGAAUCGCUGGAAUCAGUAUCCCGGAUCCACGGGGGAUAAGGGAGAAAAGGGGGGGUGUGGGGGUAAAGGGCACUAAAGGGAACGUAACAAUAGGUGCUGCUGGGUCCAGCGGAGAUCAAGGCCCUAAAGGAGAUCCAGGAGAAAAGGGGGAACAAGGAGUCCAAGGGAAAUAA